AUGGCCAUGACCAUUAAUCUAGUAUUCAUGGAGAUUGAUAAGUUGAUAUUGUUCUUUAGUCUCACCCUUUUAGUCACACUUUCUAUGGGGCGUCCAAUUUUCAAUAACAAUGACAUACCUACUCUUUGUGAAAGGCUGAAAUUGGAUGAAGGUAAUGGAACGUCGUCCCUUUGUUGGGAAUCUAUGUUCGAGCUUCGGUCAUGCACUGGAGAAAUGGUUUCAUUUUUUCUCAAUGGUGAGACAUAUUUGGGAACUGAGUGUUGUCGAGCCAUUCAAACCAUUCAAAGGCAUUGUUGGCCUUCCCUUCUUGGCUCAAUAGGCUAUACAACUCAGGAAAGUGAUAUUCUUUAUGGCUAUUGUGCCGCUGAACUGGCUCAGACUCUUCCUUCACCACCACCACCUCCGGUUAAUGUUGAGGUUAUUGAUCAUAAUCGAGCUCGUUUUAAUUUUUAUCCCUAG